AUGUUCAAAACUUGGGAUCACAUCGGCCAAUUCAUCAACACAGGGUUAUUGGCCCUCAUCGGCCCAUCAGCAGGCACCAUCAACUAUGGCCUGUUUGUAUUGUCGGGCCUCUCAGUGUUGGUGGUGCGCGCUUUUCUCGCCAUUCUCAACACGACCCCCAGCUCCAGCCCUUCCGCGCCACCCUGUUCCUCCCUCUCGGCCACUGACAAUGCCGCCAGCUCCCAUUCUGCCGGCAACGAAGACUUCAAGGACUCCGAGGAUGAGGACCAGGGUGAUGCUCCCUCCCUUCCGCCGCUCCAAUGUGCCAGUUGUGCAUUCUCAAUGGCAGGGGCUCAGCCACCCGUCGCAGAUGCCGGUUCUGCACCGUCUUCCGUCAUCGCGUCCACCACCGCAGUUGCGGAAACUCGGGCGCCUACACCAGCUUCCUCUCUUGUCGCAGUGCCUACCGUCGUUGUUCCAAUUUCCCCUGCUGCAGCGUCUCUUCCCUCUGCUGCUGCAUCCAUUACAGCCAUGACUGCCCCCAUUGUUGCGAAUGGCGCCGCUACCACCACCACCACCACCACAGCUUCUGUCAGAGCAGCGGUUGGCCCUGCAGUUCCCCUGUACAGUCAACUUCCACCCAACGUACCGUCGAACGCCGUGUUGCCCCCUCCCCACCUGGUCACCGUCGGCCACGGUUAUCACAUUCCAGGACCCAAUGACAAUCCACCUUUCUAUGUUGUUACUCGAGGCCGCAACAUUGGCAUUUUUAGUGGAUGGGAAAAUGUCUCGCCCCUAGUUACUGGCGUUAGUCACGCCGUCUUUUCGCGUGUUGGAAGCAUCGCUGAGGGACACAACCGGAUGACGAUGGCUCGUACUUCCGCAUUUGCAGUGUACCUCGCAUAG